AUGGUAAACAGUAAGACUAACGUCCACUACACCAUUGAGGAAGUCGAUAGGCUAAACGAUUUCAUACAAAACGCCGGCAACAUCCGGAACGACAUCACAAGAUCAGGGUUGUCGCUCUCGGUGCUGGCGCGUCAUGCGGAGGAGCUCUGGAAGGAGCUGCGAUCGAAGUACAAUGCCCUCGUUGAGGAGGCUAGUGCAGAGAAAGCGGCGAGGUUGUUGUUGGAGCAAAGGGUGAUGGCCCUGGAAGUCCAUAACGACUCUCACCCUUCCAUUGAAGUAGAGGAUCAGGUAACCCAUAGCGAAUUCCAAGCGCUACGGGAGCAGAAUGCGGCGCUCCAAGCCACGGUGGAGGAAUUAUCCAAAACCAUCACGGAGCUCGCAUCUGCUAAGUCUGCAUCCGAACAAGCUGCGCUCAACAGCGAAGUGUCCGCACUCCGCGAGCAGAACCUGGCGCUCACCGCCGAGGUUGCAGCUCUGAGAGAGACGGCCGUCACACAACCUCCGAGUGAGUCUCAAUCAGAGGCCGAAGCGACCCUUUCGUUAGAGCUUGCGAAGGCACAGCAGGAAAUCCUCUCCCUGCGCGAAGACCUGAAGAGCCUGAAGGAGGAAGCGGCCAAGAGGGAAUUGGAAUCGAAGUCUGGAAAGAACAAGAGCAAAAACCAAGGAAGACAGAAGCCAAAGCGGGCGAAGGGUGGCGCCAAAAACGCAAAUCCCAAACCUGCAGUUCCAAAAAUGCCCCCGGGUAGCCAGGAGGAUGUCACCAGCCCCGAAGGGGCGUCCCAAGGUGGCUCUCCGGGCGACGGGAGCGUCGAAGGAAAUGCUAAUGACGACUUCACGGUUGUGAAUCGAAGGAAACCCAGGGCCAAGCAUAAGCCUCGGUUGAGGAACGAGGCUAUUGCGAUUAAGGCUGACGAGCAAAGUUACGCGAGCCUGUUGCGGAACAUGCGCUCGAAUGACGACUUUAAGGACCUGGGGAGGCUACCAAGUCGGUACGGCGAACUCGCCGGAACGAGCUUCUCCUCAUCCUCAAAAAGGUGUAAGAACUUGGAUGAGACGGUGACAGCUGAAGACCUCCUUGACGCCAUAACAGCACAGUGCCUCACGGGUACCCUCUCGGCACCCGUCCAACUGAGGAAGUACAAUCAAGGCACGCAGACGGCUACCUUUAAGUUACCAGCGAAAAUCGCGGCCAUGGUGCUUAAGGUGGGCAAGAUCAAAGUUAACUGGUCAGUAUGUCCGGUGUCUGCGAUCGAGCGGCCAACCGUAUGCUUCAGAUGUCUUGAGUACGGCCACAAGUCGUGGGCCUGCAAGGGCCCCGACCGCAGUAAGCUGUGUAGACGAUGCGGAGCCGAAGGCCAUCAGUCGAAGGGCUGUACAGCUAAGCAGCUGCUCUUCCAGACGGUGGCCGAGAAGAAGUGUGAUGUAGCGCUUCUAUCGGAACCUUAUCGGAUUCCUGAGGGGAACAGGAAUUGGUUGAGCGACCCACCCAAGGCUGCGGCAAUCUGGGUGACGGGUCAGUUCCCAAUUCAGGAGCUAGUAGCAGCAGAGGAGGGCUUCGUGAUCGCUAAGGUUAAUGAAGUCUUCUACUGCAGCUGCUAUGCUCCUCCGAGGUGGUCUAUAGACAGGUUCGACAGAAUGCUGGAUAGACUGACGGAUGCGCUUACAGGUAAAAGCCCUGCAGUGGUGGCCGGCGACUUCAACGCGUGGUCCACACAGUGGGGUAGCCGCGAGUCAAACCGCAGAGGCCAGGACCUACUCGAGGCACUAGCCAGGCUAAACGUUGAUCUAGCCAACGAGGGAUCUGCGAGCACGUUCCGUAGGAACGGAGUCUCGUCGAUUGUUGACGUUACUUUCUGUAGUCCCAGCCUUCUGGCAAGCAUGGACUGGAAAGUGGACGAGGGCUACACUCACAGCGAUCAUCAAGCGGUAACGUUUCAGAUCUGCCGUGUGGCCCCACGUCCUGCACAACCGGCACCGCACCAAGUGUGCCGGUGGAAGACAUCGACCCUGACAAGUGAGGUCUUUGUCGAAGCGCUAAGAAGAGAAAGUGCCACUCGGGACAUUCUAGAACUCGACUGCGAUGGACUAAUGACCAUCCUAGUGGGCGCCUGUGAUGCAGCAAUGCCGAGGCAAGCAAAGCCACGAAACGCGCGGACACAAGUUUACUGGUGGAACGACGAUAUAGCGGCCAUACGUGCGGCCUGUCUGAGGGCCCGGAGGAAACUCCAACGAGCUCGCUUUGACGAGCAGAGGGAAGCCAGGCGGAUGAUCUACAAAAUCGCUAAAGCUACCUUAUGCAAGGCGAUAAAGGAGAGCAAGAGGAACUGCUUCGGCAACCUCUGCCAGGAAGCCAACAAUGCACCAUGGGGUAACGCCUAUCGGAUUGUUAUGGCUAAGCUAAAGAGUGGCGCGGCUGCCAUUGAUCGUUCUCUUGAAAUGAUGUCACGAAUCAUUGACGGGCUGUUUCCUCACCACGAGGUCCUUAAACUGGCGAUAGAGGAAAACCCGGACAUGUUCAGGUCGGCUCUCCAGAAGUGCAUGGACUCGGGGAUCUUUCCGGAUCGGUGGAAGCGACAAAGGCUAGUCCUGUUGCCGAAGCCGGGGGAAGCCACCCGGCGACCCAUCCGCGUAUAG